CAUCAAAUAAACAAAGUUGACAGCAGCAAUCCGGAGCGUGUGAAGCAGGUGAUAAACAACGUGUUGAAGAUUUAAAUAAACGAAGUAGUUUUUGAUCAAUGAGAAACAAUUUCUAAAAAAUAGAUAAUUUACUGCACAUAUACAUCAAAUCAACCCACAAUGAAGCGAUUAUCUGAGGAGAGAACCAAAAUUUUGUUCGAGAAAUUGUCCAAAUACAUUGGCCCAAACGUAAAGCUCCUGAUCGAUCGGCCCGGUGGAAGUUACUGCUUCAGAGAGAUGAAUUCACGCGUUUAUUACGUUUCAGAAAAGAUACUUAAACUAGCAGAAGGUCUAAAGAAAAACGAGCUCGUCUCGCUAGGCACUUGCUUUGGAAAAUUCACGAAAGGAAACAAGUUUAUUCUCCACAUUACGGCGUUGUCUUUUUUGGCACCCUACGCCCAGUACAAAAUUUGGGUCAAGCCAUCUACGGAGCAGCAGUUCCUGUACGGUAAUCAUGUAACAAAAACCGGCUUGGGAAGAAUUACAGAAAACACCCCUAUGUAUCAGGGUGUGGUUGUCAUGUCGAUGAAUGAUACGCCUCUCGGAUUUGGAGUGGCAGCCAAAUCAACGCCAGAUUGUAAAUUAGCUGAUCCACUGGUAACGGUUUGUUUCCACCAAGCUGACAUUGGAGAAUAUAUCCGAUCCGAAGAUACAUUGAUUUAGUUAAGUUUUAUCAAAUAAAUUCGAUAUAUGCCAUUCA